AGGCCGCGCUCGCCCGCCGAAGCGGAGGGCCGCGGCCCCGAGGGGCUGCUGCGGCGAUCGGGGUCGGGCUAUGAGGGCAGCACCAGCUGGAAGGCGGCCUUGGAGGACACCACCACACGUCUGCUGCUGGGGGCCAUCGCCGUCCUUCUGUUCGCCAUCCUGGUGGUUAUGAGCAUCUUGGCUUCCAAGGGCUGUAUCAAGUGUGAGGCGCCCUGCCCGGAGGACUGGCUGCUCUACGGAAGGAAAUGCUACUUUUUUUCUGAGGAGCCAAGGGACUGGAACACAGGCCGACAGUACUGCCGUACUCACGAGGCCGCGCUGGCGGUGAUUCAGAGCCAGAAGGAGCUGGAGUUUAUGUUCAAGUUCACACGGAGGGAGCCCUGGAUUGGCCUGCGCAGAGUCGGGGACGAAUUCCACUGGGUUAACGGCGACCCGUUUGACCCGGACACAUUCCCCAUCUCAGGCCUGGGAGAGUGUGUCUUCGUGGAGCCCACCAGGCUGGUGUCAACGGAGUGUCUGAUGACCCGGCCCUGGGUGUGCAGCAAGACGGCCUACACGUGAGGUGGGUCAGGCCAGAGGCGGCCCUCCAGCCAGGCUCCGAGACCGGCCUGCCCCAGGCUCCUCUCCAAGGCGAAGCAGUGAAGUGGGUGCCCUCUGCCCCCAGCCUCUGUUCCAGGUCCCACAGCCUUGGUUCCUGGUCUCAUUGGCCCAGGCAGGUCCUGUGGCUCAGCAGUCAAAUCCCACAUGCUCAGUAGUGUAGGCAUCCCCGAAACACACACACACACACACACACACACACACACACACACACAC